AUGAGGAAGCUUCUAGAGAUAAUAACCACAAAUCCUCAGGAUGAUCAACCAGAGAAUAUGAGGAAUAUCCUAGUGGACACAAGAGGUCCCCAAAAUCCAAGAAACACUAACAAUAGGGAAACUCAACCAAAUGAUCUAGGAACUUCACGUGGUAACAUUAAUCAUGGGAAUGUACAACCUGACAAUCUAGAGGACCAAUUUUCUUGGAGCCAUUCAGAUUUGGUUAGGAUCAUUAUCGACCCAAAUGUGAUUCGUCACCAUCUCAACAUAGAUAUCUCAUACCCACGAAAGCACCAAAAAGUACGUCCUUUAGAUCCCAAGCGACAGAAUGCUUUGAAGGGAGAGAUUGACAAGUUGUUAACCAAUAACUUCAUUACAGAAGCAUUUUAUUCCACAUGGAUCCUGAAUCCUGUUCUUGUUCCAAAGCUAAAUGAAACAUGGAGAACCUGCAUAGACUUCUCUGACCUGAAUAAAGCGUGUUCAAAAGAUUGCUUUCAAUUACCAAAGAUUGAUCAGUUAGUCGACGUGAUAGCAAAAUAUGAGCUGGUGACCUCUAUGGAAGUGAAUGCUGGGAUUGACGAGGUUGCUCGAAAGGUGGGGCUUGGUGCAACAAUCCAUGACCGCCAUGGUCUUCGUUUAGCUUUUGCAGCGUCUCUAGUUCAAGGAAUCUUAUCUCCUUUGUUGGCAGAAGUUUUGGCUAUCCCUCAUGGUCUUCAACUGUGCUUUAGAUUGGAUUUCAUGGAGACAGAAGUGGAAAGUGACUCCCAAUGA